CUCUUCGCCUUGCACCCCGCAGGCCUGAGAAGUGGACAUUUGUCCUGUGCCCUGUGGGAAGGACCCGGAGUCCAGAGUCUCAGACCGUCCGCAGUCCACGGUGUGCCUCAUCUCAAGGCCACGCCUGCUUGAAGACCGUCAAGGCCGGCCAUGGCCCGCGUGUUCGUGUACGGGACGCUGAAGCGGGGCCAGCCCAACCACGGCGUGCUGCUGGACGGCGCCCACGGCAGCGCGGCCUUCCAGGGCCGGGCCCGCACGCUGGAGCCCUACCCGCUGGUGAUCGCCGGGGAGCACAACACCCCCUACCUGCUGCAGCUCCCGGGCAGGGGCCGCCGCGUGGCCGGGGAGGUCUACGCCGUGGACGAGCAGAUGCUGCGCUUCCUGGACGGCUUCGAGGACUGCCCCGACAGGUACCAGCGCACGCCGGCCACCGUCGUGCUGGAGGGCGAGGGCGCGGCCGGGGGCGCGCAGGUGCGCUGCUUCCUGUACAGCACGGCCACCUUCCCGCCCGAGUGGGCCCGCCUGCCCUGCCACGACGACUACGACUCCCAGGGGGCCCACGGGCUGCGCUACAACCCCCGGGAGUGCCGCUGAGGGGCGCGCCGGCGGCGGGGUCCCCUGAGGCGGCCACCCCCCAGGCGCCGGUGACGCCCUUCGAAACAAAUGCGUGGCCUGCGGGAACGAGAAGCUUUCUGUGCAGCUGAUCACACAGAUGACUCCGACGCGCGCUCACGAGAGGGUGACCCCUCGACACCCCUGCGCGGCUCGCUGCUUCCAGAUCCCGGCCUGACUGUGCCGGAGAAGGAAGACGCAGGGUUUAUCCCCCAAGUGACAUUUAGAGAGGGCACCUGUCCUCACUGCCACUUUCCCCCUGCCUUGCUCUGAUCUGAAGGUGACAUUUCGCGCGACCCUGACAGCUGCUACUCACUGCGGCCGGUGCCAGGGGAAGAGUCGAGGAAAAGCCGGUGUCGGUGCCCCAGCCCAAUAAAAGAGCUGUCUCGGAGUGGGCGCAGUGGCGUUCUUCUCAGGAUGCGGGUCGAGCCGAAACGGGGACUGCUAAAGACAAUCACGUAAAAUUAAACUCGCUGUUCUGGGAAAUAUAAAAACGUUGGGGAAUCACGGGCGUUGGGGCGCGUCUGUAUAUCUGCUGGAAGGCUCUCCGUGCCAGGCAGCGGGCUAGGGAGUGCCCAUUGCUGAGACGCAGCUGAACCCCAGGCCCAGAUGAAAGCACCCCCAGUGCAGCGCACGGCAGAGGCGCCAGGGCAGCGGCAUUUGGGGGUGGCCUUUGGAGCAGAACCAGCACAUCGGUGACCUGGCCUCAGGCCCGACGGGAAGCUUAGCUUCCAAACACAAACAGCGCUUCAAAUAAUUCCAGCAGGGCACGGAGUGCCCAUCGCUGCCCACCGCCGUCUGCCG